GAGGGAGUCGAAGGAGCAGGGAAAACUACCUAAGAGAGCGGGGCUGGUGGGCGCCGCCUGGGAAGCCCUGGCUCCCUGUCGCUGAGGCCGCCGGCGGACAAGCGUCCAGUUGCUGCCGUGCGGUCCGUGGUCACCGAGUGGCGCCCCUCGCUGGACAGUGCCUGGGAGGGGGCAUUUGAACGCGGGCGGCCUGGUUUCCCGUCCCCGUUAGGCUCUCUCCGACUCUAGCGAUGCCAGUGGCAAUCAUGGGACCUGGGAACAGCUGCUCCCCUUGAGCACUUACUCGGAGUGAAGUUUUCCAAGUAGCAGCUCCUGGGCGCGCCUUUCAGGCCCCUCCAAGGCGCGGGUGGUGCUUCAUGCGGUGGUUGAUGGUGUAAGAGGCAGCUGAAGCUCAUCGCCCGCUCCCGGGAGCUGGUGUUGUAUUCCAGGCGGGAGAUGCUGGGCUGUUAAAGCUUGUGCUCCCACUCGCAGCUGCCUUCCAGCUCCGCAGUGACUGGCCAUGUCGCUGUCCCACUUGUACCGGGACGGGGAAGGCCACAUGGAUGACGACGACGACGAGAGGGAGAACUUUGAGAUCACUGACUGGGAUCUGCAGAAUGAGUUCAACCCCAACCGGCAGCGGCACUGGCAGACCAAGGAAGAGGCCACCUACGGGGUGUGGGCAGAGCGCGACUCGGAUGAAGAGAGGCCCAGCUUCGGAGGCAAACGGGCCCGAGACUACUCCGCGCCCGUCAACUUCAUCAGCGCCGGCCUCAAGAAAGCGGCGGCGGAGGAGGCGGAGCUGGAAGAUUCUGACGAUGAAGAGAAGCCUGUUAAGCAGGAAGAAUUUCCUAAGGAUUUCGGGCCAAAGAAGUUAAAAACGGGUGGCAAUUUUAAACCCAGCCAGAAAGGCUUUGCAGGAGGAACCAAGUCGUUCAUGGAUUUUGGCAGCUGGGAGAGACACACGAAGGGAAUCGGGCAGAAGCUCCUGCAGAAGAUGGGCUACGUCCCUGGGAGGGGCCUCGGCAAGAACGCGCAAGGUAUCAUCACGCCAAUCGAAGCCAAACAGCGGAAAGGAAAAGGCGCCGUGGGAGCGUACGGCUCCGAGCGGACCACCCAGUCCCUACAGGACUUCCCUGUGGUGGACUCGGAGGAGGAAGCGGAAGAGGAGUUUCAGAAGGAGCUGAGCCAGUGGAGGAAGGACCCCAGCGGGAGCAAGAAGAAGCCCAAGUACUCCUACAAGACGGUGGAGGAGCUGAAGGCCAAGGGCAGGACCAGCAAGAAGCUCACGGCUCCCCAGAAGGAGCUUUCGCAGGUCAAGGUCAUAGACAUGACGGGCCGGGAGCAGAAGGUCUACUACAGCUACAGCCAGAUCAGCCACAAGCACAACAUCCCCGACGACGGGCUGCCGCCGCAGUCCCAGCAGCUGCCACUGUCCGGCAAGGAGGCCAAGGCCCCGGGCUUCGCGCUGCCGGAGCUGGAGCACAACCUGCAGCUGCUCAUCGACCUCACGGAGCAGGAGAUCAUCCAGAACGACCGGCAGCUGCAGUACGAGCGGGACAUGGUGGUGAACCUCUCGCACGAGCUGGAGAAGAUGUCGGAGGUGCUGGACCACGAGGAGCGGGCCAUCUCCAACCUCAGCCAAGUCCUGGAGCUGGUGGAGGAGUGCGAGCGGCGCAUGCAGCCCGGCUGCAGCCACCCGCUCACCCUGGACGAGUGCGCCCGCAUCUUCGAGACCCUGCAGGACAAGUACUACGAGGAGUACCGCAUGUCCGACCGCGUGGACCUGGCCGUGGCCAUCGUCUACCCGCUCAUGAAGGAGUACUUCAAGGAGUGGGACCCCCUCAAAGACUGCACCUACGGCACCGAGAUCAUCUCCAAGUGGAAGAGCCUCCUGGAGAACGACCAGCUCCUGUCGCACGGCGGCCAGGACCUCUCGGCAGACGCCUUUCACAGGCUGAUAUGGGAAGUCUGGAUGCCUUUUGUUCGAAAUAUCGUCACCCAGUGGCAACCCCGGAACUGUGAGCCCAUGGUGGACUUCCUGGACAGCUGGGUGCACAUCAUCCCCGUGUGGGUGCUGGACAACAUCCUGGACCAGCUCGUCUUCCCCAAGCUGCAGAAGGAGGUGGAGAACUGGAACCCACUCACGGACACCGUGCCCAUCCACUCCUGGAUCCACCCAUGGCUGCCCCUCAUGCAGGCGCGCCUGGAGCCGCUCUACUCCCCCAUCCGCAGCAAGCUGUCCAGCGCCCUGCAGAAGUGGCACCCCAGUGACUCCUCUGCCAAGCUCAUCCUCCAGCCCUGGAAAGACGUCUUCACCCCGGGCUCCUGGGAGGCCUUCAUGGUCAAGAACAUCGUGCCCAAGCUGGGCAUGUGCCUCGGGGAGCUGGUCAUCAACCCCCACCAGCAGCACAUGGAUGCCUUCUACUGGGUCAUCGACUGGGAAGGGAUGAUCUCCGUCUCCAGCCUGGUGGGGCUCCUGGAAAAGCACUUCUUCCCCAAGUGGCUUCAGGUGCUGUGCUCCUGGCUCAGUAACAGCCCCAAUUACGAGGAGAUCACCAAGUGGUACUUGGGCUGGAAGUCCAUGUUCUCAGACCAAGUGCUGGCGCACCCGUCCAUCAAGGACAAGUUCAACGAAGCGCUGGACAUCAUGAACAGGGCGGUGUCCUCCAACGUCGGUGCCUACAUGCAGCCCGGGGCACGGGAAAACAUCGCCUACCUCACCCACACGGAGCGGAGGAAGGACUUCCAGUACGAGGCCAUGCAGGAGCGGCGGGAGGCCGAGAACAUGGCCCAGAGGGGCAUCGGCGUGGCCGCCAGCUCCGUGCCCAUGAACUUUAAGGACCUCAUUGAGACCAAGGCCGAGGAGCACAACAUCGUCUUCAUGCCUGUCAUCGGGAAGCGACACGAAGGGAAGCAGCUCUACACCUUCGGCCGCAUCGUCAUCUACAUCGACCGGGGCGUGGUGUUCGUCCAGGGCGAGAAGACCUGGGUGCCCACCUCCCUGCAGAGCCUGAUCGACAUGGCCAAGUAGGCGGUGGCCGGGGCGGCUGCUCACAUGUCUGACUAAACCUUUUGAACCAUCUUUGAAAGAGUCGCUUCUCUAUUCAGUAGGUUCUCCCCACCAGCCAGGCCCCCGAGGAAGGGCGAUAAGGGAUGUGAGGGACACCAAGUCCUUCCACAGCACAUCUCCUCUCCCCUCGAGAGCCAGGCUGAGGGCUUCCUGUUCUCUCCGGAACUGGCCCUGGGAGGACAGUGUCCCCGCAGCGCCCCCACUCUGGUCCCGCCGGCGCGGCUGCCUCCGCCAGCACUUCCUACAUCACAGCCAGUUGGGCCGGUAGCUGAGGCACCUGCCUGGUUCCUGAUGAUCUCGAGGUCCUCGCAGUCCCGGUAAUCUGGCUCUUCCCGAGAUGCCCACGUGUCCAUGGGGAGCUGCUUUAGCUUCUGGACUGGGAACCAGUGCACAGAGAUGUCAUUAAACACGUCCAAGUACUGUGCCGUCUGGGGAAACGCCUGCUCCUCCAGUCCUUCUAAAACCUGAGCAGAAAAUCCAAGUCAAGCAUGUACCUCGAUAGGCACGGUGAGCCCCGCUCUGCCUGCCUUAGCCCCACCAGCCCCGCCUGCACGCGUAAGGGCAGACUCCCCAGUGGCGGACUCACGCCCGUCCCCAUCCCGCCCCUCAGACGGUACCUUUGCAACAUAGGCAUAGUUUUUCUGCAGAAUCCUUGUCAACAACCUAUAAAUAAAAAGGUUUUUAAAGCAGGA